CUCCCCUCCCCUCCCCGCCCUCCCGCUCCCCGUACACUUGAUCGGCGGAGACUUGGGGCUGCCUGGCCGGGGCUUCCCCCUCACCCCUCCCUAGACCCAGCGCGCUCCUGACGCUCGCCAGUUACUUGUUGGGGUUUGUUUCUCUUGGCUCCCAGGGCAGGCGCAGGGCUUAUAAGAGCAGUUCGGGCUGGGUCGGGGCGUUUUGUUUUGUUCGGUUUUGUUUUGCGAGAGCGCGCGCGAGAGGCGGUCGUAAAGACCUGGGAGGAAGAUGUCAACCGUGAGAGUGUCUAACGGGAGCCCGAGCCUGGAGCGGAUGGACGCCAGGCAGGCGGAGUACCCCAAGCCCUCCGCCUGCAGAAACCUCUUCGGCCCCGUCGAUCACGAAGAGUUAACCCGGGACUUGGAGAAGCACUGCCGGGACAUGGAAGAGGCGAGCCAGCGCAAGUGGAAUUUUGAUUUUAAGAACCACAAGCCCCUGGAGGGCAGAUAUGAGUGGCAGGAGGUGGAAAAGGCCAGCCUGCCCGAGUUCUACUACCGCGCCCCACGGCCACCCAAAGGCGCCUGCAAGGUGCCCGCGCAGGAGAGCCAGGAUGUCAGCGGGAGCCGCCAGGCGGUGCCUCUCGUCGGGUCCCAGGCAAACUCGGAGGACUCGCACUUGGCGGAGCAAAAGACUGAUGCGUCGGACAGCCAGCCGGGCUUGGCGGAGCCGUGCGCCGGGAUGAGGAAGCGACCUGCAGCAGACGAUGCCUCUUCGCAAAACAAAAGAACCAACAGAACAGACGAAAAUGUUUCAGACGGUUCCCCGAACGCGGGCUCCGUGGAGCAGACGCCCAAGAAGCCCGGCCUCAGAAAACGUCAAACGUAAAGUGCUCGGAAUUGAGACUAUGUUUCCUUGUUUAUCAGAUACAUCACUGCUUGGCGAAGCAAGGAAGAUAUGAAUUAAACAUUUUAAAUACAUAUCGCUGACUCCAUGGAAUGGAUGUCCUGUAUAAGCACUGAAAAGUAACAACACAAUAACACUAAAAUUUUAGGCACUCUUAAGUGAUCUGCCUCUAAAAGCAUUGGAUGUAGCAUCGUGCAAUUAGGUUUUUCCUUAUUUGCUUCAUUGUACUACCUGUGUAUAUAGUUUUUAUCUUUUAUGUAGCACAUAAACUCUGGGGAAGGGAGGGGAGGGGGGGAGGGUGGAGCUGAGGAAUUGGCUUUGGGAGGUAUGAAGAGCUUGCUUCGAUUUAGAGCAAGGAGAAAAUUAUUUGACUUAACAUGAAGAGAAGCAGUUUAAGGAAAGGGUUUGAAUUGUUUUCUUUAAAGUUGUAAUGUCCCUUUCAGUGAAAACUGAUACUUCGUUUUAAAAAUCAUCCAAAUUUGAACACUGGCUGCAGAUAACUGCUAUUUAUUUUUUACAUGAAGCUAUUUUUUUCAUUUGGGAGCUCUGAUUAUUCCGUUAUGUAGCAGUAAAUGGCUUUUUUUUUUUUUAACAACAACAAAAAACUGUCCUUAGUGCUCCCCUUAAAAUUGGAAUUUACCAGUUAAUUAUUUAGCAGUUAGGUAAUCACUCCAGGUAAUUAUAGGCAAAAAAAUAUAAAUGGGGGUGGGGGGGGGGAGUCUGAAUGCUCAGAAUCAACCAUCUAAUUUUUAUCAGAUUUGUUGAGAAAAUUUCUGAAUUUUCUUUUCAGUUUGGGCUGUGUAGACAAAGUCAAAAUAAUUCUAAAUCCUUGGAUAUUUUUAAAAGAUCUGUAAGUAAUUUCAUAUGAAAAAUAAUGAAAUACUUUUAAAUUUAAAGCUUCUUAUUCUAUUUGCUAAUUUGCCCAAAGGAAAGUAGUGUUUUAAGAGGAAAGUGUGUAUACAAAAAGCCCGUCUGGUAUAAGUGAAAUGGAUACUACAUCUUUAAACAGUAUUUUUCAUUUCCUGUGUAUGUGUAUGAAAAAAAAAACCAUUUGAAGUGUACCUGUGUACAUAACUCUGUAAAGACACUGAAAAAUUAUACUAACUUAUUUAUGUUAAAAAAGAUUUUUUUUUAAUCUAGACAAUAUACACGCCAAAGUGGCAUGUUUUGUGCAUUUGUAUAUGCUGUAUUGGGUAGAAUAGAUUUUCCCCCCUUCUUCUGUUAAAUAAUAUGGCUGUGCUUAAAAGGUUGCAUACUGAGCCAAGUAUAAUUUUUUGCAAUGUGUGAAAAGAUGCCAAUUAUUGUUACAUAUCAAACAAUCAAUAAAGAAAGCUUCCAUAACUAUU